UUGUAUCUGACGCUAUUUAUUUGACGUCUGUUUGGCGUCUUCAGCCACGUGAUAAUUUGCGGCGUUCAUUGACGUCAACGUCAUACUUGUUUAUACUUCCGCCCAGACUUUGAAACGUUAACUGAACUGAACGUUAACUGUGGACAUUAAUUAUUCUGAUGAGACUUGAUGAGUAAGAGACCAAAUUCGAGAAUCGCUAUAUCUAGAGAAAUAAAAGAGUAAAGGCGCAUCUCUCGUUUAGUCACUGAGUUGAUCCAAGUCCCAGAACAAUUCUCGAAUAGUCGAAUAAUCGAAUGCUCGAAUCCAGCGGUUGAUGUAGAUCCACUGAAGAAACAGUGACGAUACCAUUGGAUACAAGAUGACAGACUCUGAAAAUAAAACCUUUCAAGGACUUAAGCGGUCAAGGUCAGCACAAUGUGCGCAACUGACGAAACUGUAUAAGGAGUUGGAGCAAUACAUGAUUUCUCAUGAUAAUGAUGAUCUUGUUGAAAACUUGUAUGUGAAACUGUGCGAUAAAUUCAACGCUUUCAAGAACAUACAUUUAGAGUGCCUAGACUUAUGUGACGAACCCGCCGAUUGUGAAAAUCUAGAACAAUCCUAUGAGUGUUAUCAUAAUAAUUUCACAGAGUUUCAGGAGAGAUAUGAACAAUGGAAGUCAUCGAACCAGUAUAAUGAAAAUGACGAAAUUUGUAGCAAUGCGUCAUCAACGUGUAAAACGAAACUUGCGAGUUCCAAAGCUAAACGUUUGAUUGCUGAGCAAAAGUUAAAUUCUCUUAGAAAAAAACACGAGCUUGAACUGGCGCGCAAAGAAAUAGAAAUUAAACAGCAAGAACUUGAAUAUCAGUGUGAAUUAGAGCAAGCGCGUAUUGAAGAAUCGGUCUGGCACGAGGCAUUGGAGGAAGAAACUGGUGAGCACGUGCAAGAUUCGUCAUAUGUGAAGCAGACGACAGUAAAUGAUUUCACUUCCGGUCAUGAACAGUCUGAUAAGAACAUAAGAAGUGCACACGACGACUGUGUAAUUAUAAAUACACCUAACAACACUCAUUUGGUAACGGAGCAACGUAAGAAUGGAUCAAUGAAUCAGAAUGCACAUCCAUCUGAGAAUGUAGUCACGAGCGUUUUGAGAAAUACAGACACUAAUGUUUUGAGAAAUACAGACACUAGCAUAGAAUCAGCUUUUCAGUUGCUGGCAAAUACGUUACAAGAAGGAUUCAACUUACCAAAGCCGGAGCUCCUGAGAUUCAGCGGUUCAACAUUGGAAUACUGCAAAUUUGUGAAUAACUUUGAAACAAACAUUGACUGUAAAGUUCGUGACGACAGGUUACGACUUAGUUACUUGAUACAAUACUGCGACGGAGAGGCAAAGAGUGCAAUAGAAGACUGUGUAUUACUGAGUCCAAGUGAAGGUUAUAAACGAGCAAGAGACAUUUUGUACUCACGGUACGGUAGGCCACAUAACAUUGCUAGAACGUAUGUAGAUAAAAUUGUUAAUGGUCAUUCCUUAAAGGCGUCUGACACUAAUGGUCUUUCAGAUUUAGCACUUUAGAUGAGAAAAUGUGAAAUUACUUUGUCUCAGUUAGGAUUUAAGUCAGACAUAGAUAACACAGACAACUUACGUCGCAUUGUUAGACGUUUGCCUAUGCACGUCCGCGGUAAAUGGGUAGAUAUUGCACACUCAAUAACUGAGUCUGGUAGGGAACCGGGCUUUUCAGAUCUAGUGAAAUUUGUAGAAGAAAAGGCUCGAAUCGCCACUUCCCUAUAUGGCCUUGACCUUGCAAAUGAAAAGAGUCAUGGUAAGAUUGUUGAAGAUCGAACCUUUAAGUCAAAGCCAAGUCCUGCACCUCGUAGAAAUAAUGCUGUCAGUUUUGCUACGAAUAGUGCAGUAAACAAUUCUAUGUAUAAGCCGUCACGUAAGUGCUAUUGUUGUUCAGGUAGUUGUAAAGAUUUAGCUUCAUGUACGAAAUUUACAGCCAUGAAUUUAAAUGACAGGGAACAGUUUGUAAAAAAGAACAGACUUUGUUUCAAUUGUUUAAAGGGCAAACAUUUUUCUAACGUUUGUAGAAAACCUACUGGGUGCAAUGUAACAGAAUGUAAAUCUAGACACCACUUUCUUUUACAUAGUUGGGUAGAUAGUAAAUCUGAUCACACAAAUCAACAAUCCGUCGUAAAUUGCGCAACUAAAAGCGGAUCUUAUGUGAAGAACUGUUUAGGUAUAAUACCUGUACUUGUUAGAGGUAAAAGUGGGACAUACUGCAAGACUUAUGCUUUGCUUGACGAGGGAGCUGACCAGACAUUAUGUGAUGAACGCUUGUUGAAAAUGCUGAACCUACCCUCCAAACCUGUGACGUUCAAGAUGUCUACAGCAAGCUCUUCCGGUAUUAUUGUUGAAGGACAGGAAGUUGAGCUGCACGUGCAACCGGCGUCAGGUGGUAACGACGUUACGUUGAGAAAAGUUUGGUCAGUAAAAUCUCUUCCAGUAUCAACUAGAUCUGCUGUGAGAAACGCUGACAUCCGAGAUCUGCCAUAUUUAUCUAAGAUAGAAAUCCCUGAAAUCGACUCUAGCUCUGUGAUGCUUCUUAUUGGAACAGAUGCACCACAGGCACAUAUACCCUUAGAAGUGCGUUCAGGCCGCCAUGAUCAACCCUACGCCAUUAAAACUCAACUAGGCUGGGCAGUGCGUGGACCUGUUACAGACACUACAACACAGAAAUCAGCUAAUGUAAAUUUUCAGCAGUCAGCUGAUGUAUUGUUACAACAACAACUUGAGAAAAUGUGGACUACGGACUUUGAUGACAAAGUGAAAGUAGAAAGAAAUUCAAUGUCUCUAGAAGACAAGAAAGCUUUAAACACUAUGAACUCUUCGUUGAGAUAUGAAAAUGGACAUUACAAACUGAAAUUACCAUUGCGUGACGAGAAAGCAGUAAUGCCUAACAACUUGACUCUUGCGCAUGCGCGACUCGAACAUUUGAAGAGGAAGUUAGCACGAGAUCAAGAGCUGCAUAAAAUGUACACAGCAUCAGUAACUGACUAUAUCCAGAAAGGACAUGCACAGGAAGUAACACACAUUGAAUCUGAUAGUAACCGCGUGUGGUACUUACCCCAUCAUCCUGUGACGAAUCCUAAUAAGCCCGGAAAAGUGAGAGUUGUAUUUGACUGUGCCGCCAAAUACAAAGGAAUUUCCCUAAAUAGUCAACUUCUACAAGGACCCGACUUUAUGAACAGCUUGGUUGGCGUUUUAAUCAGAUUUCGUCAAGAGCCCGUUGCUAUAGCAGCCGACAUCGAGGCUAUGUUUCAUCAGGUCCGUGUCGAAGAUUUAGAUUGUGAUGCCCUACGGUUUCUAUGGUGGCCUGAAGGGGACAUGACUCAACAACCUAGAUGCUAUAAGAUGCUGGUUCACCUAUUUGGCGCGACCUCAUCCCCAAGUUGCACAGCAUAUGCAUUAAUACGAACAGCGACGGAUAACGCACAUAUGUAUAAACCAGAGGUAAUCAACACCGUUAAAAGGAACUUUUACGUUGACGACUGCUUAAAAUCAGUUUCUUCUGAUGAGAAAGCAAUCGAGUUAGCCGCAGACUUACAGUCAUUGUUAAGGAGAGGAGGAUUUCGUCUGACGAAAUGGCUCAGCAAUAAGAGAGAUGUCGUUGAAUCUAUCCCAGAGUCAGAACGAGCGCCAUCUAUAAUGAAUCUUAGCAAGAGCGACAGUUUGCCAGUAGAUCGUGCCCUCGGUGUUCAGUGGAAUGUAGAGAAAGAUGAACUCAAAUUUAAAGUGAAAGUAAGUGAAAAGCCAAUAACAAGACGUGGCAUCCUUUCCAUCGUCAGUUCCAUAUUCGAUCCCCUUGGACUUGUAGCACCAGUAACUCUACGUGCAAAAGCUAUAGUACAAAACCUAUGUAGACAGAAGCUUUCAUGGGACGAUCCUAUCCCUGAAAAAGAUACGUACGAGUGGAAACAAUGGUUAGAUACUCUUCCAUAUUUAGAAUCUGUCUCUGUGAGAAGAUGUUUUAAACCACAGGACUUUGGAACCUUAAAGAAUGUCCAGCUACAUGUAUUCUGCGACAGUUCUCAACUUGGUUACGGCGCAUGCGUGUACUUGAGAUUAAAAGAUGAAAAGAACCUGAUUUCAUGCUCUCUGGUUGCUGGAAAAUCACGACUAGCGCCAAUAAAACAGACAUCUAUUCCAAGACUUGAACUUUCAGGAGCAGUUGUCGCUUCCCGGCUUUAUACGCUAGUAGCAGACGAACUAGAAAUAGACAUUGACAGUGUGACAUUCUGGACAGAUUCUAUGAUUAUCCUUGGAUAUAUUAAAAACGAAACCCGGAGAUUCAAAACCUUUGUUGGAAAUAGGGUAAGUGAAAUUCAUGAUGUGACGUCACGAGACCAAUGGAGACACGUAGAUACGGCUUCCAAUCCAGCAGACGUCGCUUCUAGAGGAAUGCAUGCCAGUGAUUUUAAGACAAUGAAAUUUUGGAUGCAUGGACCUGAAUUCCUUCAGAAAGAUGAAAGCCAUUGGCCAAGCCACCUAACUAAACCUGAAUUAGACGACGACGACACUGAGCUGAAAAAAGAGGUUGUCGUCAACACAACUAGUGCAGUUGAAACCAUUCAAAGUAUAAUAGAUAGAUACUCCAGUUGGACGAAGCUGAGAAGGGCCGUUGCUUGGUUACUAAGAUAUAAGGCAUACUGCAGACGUAAACACUUAAACCACACCUUGGGACUGAGUGAAGGUGACUUAAGCACCAAUGAACUCAACAUGGCGGAACAUACCAUAUUAGCGUUGGUUCAACGUACGUCGUUUACCGAUGAGAGAAUAUGUCUACAAAAUGGGAAUUCUGUAAGAAAAGACAGUUGUUUAGCAUCUUUGAACCCGAUUAUACACCAUGAUCUGAUCAGAGUACAAGGACGCUUACAAUGCGAAUAUCCAAGUAAAUAUCCAGUCGUACUACCUAGCAAACACCAUGUAACAAAACUAAUAAUAAAACAUAUCCACGAACAUAAUGGUCACGUUGGAAAAGAGCAUGUACUUUCUAUGUCACGUGAGAAAUAUUGGAUUCUACACGGACCUAGCGCAGUGAAGAGUAUUUUGAGAGGUUGCAUCCCAUGCAGACGACAACAUACACCGUUAAUGACCCAACAGAUGGCGCCCUUGCUUGACGAGCAGACGACACCGGAUAUGCCACCAUUUUCCCAUAUUGUAAUCGAUUAUUUCGGACCAUUUAUUGUGAAGACAGCUCAUGCACGAGAAAAGCGUUAUGGUUGUAUUUUCACGUGCCUAACGUCGCGUGCGGUACAUUUUGAAAUUGCUCACAGUCUAUCUACUGAUUCCUUCAUAUCUGCCUUUCAACGCUUUCAAAGUCGACGUGGACGCCCACGGAAAGUCUUCAGUGAUAAUGGAACCAAUCUUGUUGGAGGUGAAACUGAACUCCGAAAAUCAUUGCAGCUAUGGAACCAGUCCAAACUCAGUGGAUUUUUUGCUCAGAACGACAUUGAAUGGCAUUUCAACCCUCCGAACGCAAGCCAUAUGGGAGGAGCAUGGGAACGUUUAAUUCGUUCUACUAGAGUUAUAUUGAAAUCUCUCGUCCGAGAACAACUACUUAACGACGAGCAGCUGCUUACAUUAAUGGCUGAAACAGAGAAAAUACUAAAUGACAGACCUUUGACACCCGUUAGCAGUGAUCCCAGAGACCCACCAGCAUUAACGCCGAGUAUGCUACUGCUAAUGAAAUCAAACCAGUGCUUACCUGUUGGUAUCUUUAAGAAGCAAGAUAUAUACGCAAAACGGUGGUGGAGACAAGUGCAGUAUCUCGCAGAUGUAUUUUGGAAACGAUGGUUGAGAGAAUACUUACCACUACUUCAGAAACGUCAGAAAUGGCAACGUAAAACUGUAAACCUGAAGAAAGAUGAUGUAGUUCUUGUUGCCGUUGACAACGUUCCCAGAGGACAGUGGCCACUAGCCCGAGAGGUUGACGUGAAUCUUGGUAGAGAUGGCCUAGUUAGAAGCUGUGUGAUCAGAACUAAAUCAGGUCAAUUGAUUAGGCCAGUUACUAAACUGUGUCUUCUUGAGGCUUCAAUGUAA